UAAAAACAACUAUGGCGGCUACUGGCGGUAAAAUUAGAUGGGAUGAAGAAGAUUCACGUUUGAAGUGUAAAUACGGCUCUGAUUGCUACCAAAAUAACAAGGCACAUCAUAUGAAAUAUAAACAUCCAUUGAAGAGGAAAGCCGAAGCGGAUAGUGAUGUUCCUGUAAAGGCAAAGAAAGCAAAAAUAGAUGAUUACUUCAACAAGAAUUCCAAGGCAAAUGAAGAUGGAGAAGAAGACUUAGAGGCCAUGCAAGAAGAAAGAACCAGCAAAGCAAAGGAUGAUUUGGGAGAAGUACAUGUACAAGAGGAAAAAUCAUCUGGAUAUGUGAGACAAGUCUCAGAUGAUGAUGCAGCUACCACAGAAGACUUGGAUGAACCUCCUUCUUCACCUACAAAUAUAAAAGAGAGUCUGAAACAGAAGUUUUUAGUGGAUUUUCCUGAUGAUUUCUUCAGCUUUUGGGAGUUCUGUAAGGCUCUGAAUCCUAAACAUCCUGAGGAUGCUCUGAAGGGACUGGAUCUCAAACUAGUGGGACCAUAUGACAUAAUAGCAGAAAAACACAAACAAUUUAAGGGGACACCUAACUAUUUACUGCAUUGGAGGUUCUAUUAUGACCCUCCUGAGUUCCAGACUGUCGUUUUUAAUGAGAAAGAUGAAUCUUUGUUUCAUUUAGGAUACUUCAGAGAUGAUCCUAAGGAAGAACCAGUAUUCGUAGCCAGCAAUUGUGCCUCAGUGAAUGGUGUCAUUACUCCUAGAGGAGAAAAUCUUUUCGCUGCCAUCAAAUGGUACAUCGAUGACAAACAAAAGAAAAACAAGAAAAAGGAAAAUAAAGAUCUCUGUAAUAUAAGUGCAUCUUUGAAGAAAUGGGCUGAUAAAAAUAAUUUUUCAUUAGAUUUGAAAACCAAAUCUAUGAAGCAAAGAGAUAAGAAAGUUGUAUGUAGUUCAUUCCACAAAGCAGGCAUAGUUGUCCCAGUGGAGAAUGAUAUUGGCUAUAGGGAGGUACCAGAAACACCUGGUGACCUGAAGAAAAUAUUUGCCAAAAUAGAAAAGAGUCAAUCCGAGGAGGAGCGAGACAAAAAUAUGGACCCACUUCAAGAACUAAUCACCUUAGUACAGUUCGCUAAUGAUGAAUGUGACUAUGGGGAAGGAUUAGAACUUGGUAUGGAUCUAUUCACCUACGGAGGUGACGUAUUCCAUGGACCAAUCAUGACAUUACUUCCACUGGCCUAUCAGUUCUUAGGCAGACUUGAAAACAUGCAGAUUAUUACUGCUCAUAUCGCAGAUAGAAAAAAAGGUCAAAAUGUAGAUCAGUUAAGGUAGUACUACAAUUUUCCCUAAAGUAAAGUUAAGAGAUUUUAGAAAAUGUGAUUUCGGUUCCGUUUGAUCAAAUUGUUGUAUAUCAUUACAAUACUUCAUUCUAUUUUAACAUGUUAAUAUCCAAAUUAUUUAGAUGAGAAAAAAUAUUCACUAUUUGAAAUAUGCCAUUUUGAUAAUGAUUAUCUCGAAAAAUUUACAUAGAGUUUAACAUUUUGUAGAACUACCUUAAGUUAAAAGAGAUUCAGAAUGGAAUGGUCAUGGUUGUUAUUUCAAAAGAAAAAAAAAUAUGUGGAACAUACUGAAAUUAACAAAUGAUUUGGUUGUUGUACAGUAAUAUUCUUUAUAGCCUAUUUUAUAAAUGAUAUAAUAAAGAAUAGUUAUUUUUAUAUGGAAUAAAAAUCUGGUCUUGUAAUACA